UGCCUGGCCUCAGUGCUGCAGCCCACCAACGAGACGCUCAACUUCUGGACGCACUUCAUCCCUCUGCUGCUGUUCGCCGGUAAAUUCUCCCGCCUGCUGCUGCUGCGCGAGGCCGGCGACCUGCCCUUCCAUCACCCCGCGCUGCUGCCGCUGUGGUGCUACGCGUCGGGCGUGCUGCUCACCUUUGCCAUGAGCUGCACAGCCCAUGUGUUCAGCUGCCUCUCGCUACGCCUGCGUGCCGCCUUCUUCUACCUGGACUACGCCUCCAUCAGCUACUACGGCUUCGCCAGCACGGUGGCCUAUCACUACUACCUGCUGCCCAAGCUGAGCCUGCUGGAGCCGCGCAUGCUCAGUCGCUACCUGCAGCAGCGCCUCGGCUGGCACGUGGACUGCAGCGCGCCCAUCGCCGCCUACAGCGCGCUGGUGCUGCCGGUCGCCUUCGCUCUGGCCGUGGCGUGCACCGUGGCCUGCUGCAAGAGCCGCUCCGAGUGGUGCGCCUACCCCUUCGCCAUCCGCACCUUCGUCUUCGUCAUGCCGCUCAGCAUGGCCUGCCCCAUCAUGCUGGAAAGCCUCCUCUUCGACCUGCAGGGCCACAACCCCACCCUCUUCUUGUACUUCUACCGCCGCUACUUCUGGCUGCUGGUGGCCGCCUUCUUCAACGUCAGUAAAAUCCCCGAGCGGAUCCAGCCGGGCCUGUUCGACAUAAUCGGGCACAGCCACCAGCUUUUCCACAUCUUCACGUUCCUCAGCAUCUACGACCAGAUGUUCUACGUCGAGGAAGGCUUGCUGCACUUCCUGCAGAACCCCCCGCCCGCUUCGCCUACCUUCGCGGGCACCGUCGGCUACAUGUUGGGCUUGAUACUGUGCCUCGCCCUGGUCAUCCGGAGAUUUUUAAACAGCCAAGGGAUCUGCAAACAGGAAUGAGGUAUCUUUCCUUCAGGUUUUCUAUGAAGUUCUUACUUAAAUUACGGGUGGCGGUGGCUGCUGCUUCUGCUACGAGAGUCCGCGAGGUCGGCUCUUCCUGGGGAAAGAAAGACCGAGCGCGGCGGGCUUGCGGUUACCGGACCCCUUUGAGAAAACGGCUGCUUCUCUUGAAGCAAAACAGGUUUUAAAGAACACUUAGGCCAUCGUCCUGUAGACGGCCUUCUAUUUAUUGCUGCUUAGCAUACAGAGAGAAGCCAUUCUAGAGUUACUGCUUGAAAUCUACAAUUUGAUCCUUAUUACAUUAUUUGUAAGUAAUCCUCCAUUUAAUGGACUCAAGAUCAUGGUUUUUCAGGGGAAAUAAUAUGUAUAGACAAUGCUAGCUGCUGGUCUCAGUCUGACUACUUGAUGGUAUUGUUACAGUGAGCAAUAUACAAUCGAUCUGCACUGACAAACAAAUGAUAUUUAAGAUCUGAUUUGCAUGCAAUUCUUGGAAUUUUAUGCACCCAGGAAUGUGGGUUUAUGUGUUUUUUGAAGUCAUAUACACUGGAACUGUGUUUUUAACAUAAACAAAUUGAGAUCCACUUCUUUUUGUCUCAGAGGCAAAUACUGUGCACACACAUUUCUUCUUUAUAGAGAUUUAUUUAAGUGGCUGUGAAUUACUGUAGAGACAGGUUAUACUUUGAUCACAAGUUUCUGGCCAUACUGUGAGAACAAAGCUUACAGAUGAUAUAACUUCCCUGAUUCUUGCAUAAGGCUGCUUUUGUAAGAUGCUUUUAUUCCAAUUCUAAUAUCUAUCUGCAAGCUAUAUGUCAUGCUGGUUUGUUACUGACCAUUUAAACAGAAGUAAGAGCUGCAGUGAGUGUUACUUUAGAGCAAGCACAGUGACAGGAUUUAGCCAUAACAUGGUUGAUUUCCUUUUGGCUUAAGGUUAGCAUGAUCUGUGACUCCAGCCAAUUGUGAUUCAUUCAACAAACCAUGGUUAAGCAGCCCUAGCAUGAUGUAUAAAUCCAACAGUUAGCUUGUACGUUAGAACCAGGAUAUAGAAUAUUCUGUAACCUUAAAUAUAGGACCAUGCACCAGCAAGUUUUAGAAGCUGUCAUAAUUUGUUUACAUGGUCAGUUAUCCUGGAAUUGUUGCCCCUAAAUACAGGGGUGAACUAACAUUGAGCUGAAAGAUUUAUGACAAUCCAUAGCAAAAGUUUGUCUCAUCUCUCUGUUACGCUGGGAUUUAUGACAGCAACAAGGUUGUUGCCACCUGUAGGUGAAGUUCGUAGUUUCCAGAGAAUAUUCCCAGGAUAGCUGACACGUCCACAAAGACAACGGAAUUUAUUUUCCUACUGAUGGCAAUUGUUAUCUCAGGACUACAACUUCAGUAUAACAAUUUCUGGAUUUUGAUUGUGUAAAUAAAUCAUUAGUAAAAGUUAUAAUGACAAAAGUCGGUUGUAUACAGAUAAAAUUCAAAAUGGUACUAUUUGAAGAACAGCCAUUUUAAAAAGCCUAAAGUAUUGUCCUGAUUUGGUUGCUUCUGAUAUACAUAAUAAGCAUAAAACAGGUCAACCUAAUCUGCAGUUUCGAGUUUGCACGUGGCCCUCCAAAGCUGCGGGUAUGAAAUCCACCAUCCUCCCCAUAAAUUAAUGCCAGCAAUUUUAAUUAAAUUAAAUUUUUAUUUUUUCUGUUGGUCCCACCUCCUUUUGGAGUACACCCCCUCCAUGCCACUCAGAGAAUUCCACAGCACCAAUAUCCAUUGUGGCAAUACAGUGAUAACACUGAAUAACUAACCAUUUGCUACUCUUUCAGGACACCCAGGAUCUGCUGUUUGAGGCAGCGGCUUCCCUCUGCCUAAUAGCAGGGCUGAACUUGGUUGUAAUGGCAUGAAAUAUUGCUAGUUGUGGUUUGUAUAUAGUCACAGGUUGUAUCUGGAUUUGUGGUAAAGCCUGGGGAGUCCAUGCUUUUUGUUGCUGACCUUUUUGUUUCCAAGAUUUUCGGUGUUGAACAUUCCUUCUUUAUCCUAUAAGUGUUGAUGUAAUCUAAUAAUUGCAGAGUUUAAUUCAUUCAGCCUAUAAUGCCCAUCCUUCAGAGUUUAAAUUACAGAAUUCACGGCCACAGUAACCUGGCCUCAUCUUUGAACUUUGCAUUUUUCCCCCAUCCUCUUGUGUCUUGCGUGCUGUCUGGUCAGAUGAGGUGUUCUGGAGAAUAUGCAGGCUGCACGCUGGUCUUAAUAUUGUUGCAAUGUGUUAUUUAUUGGCCACUUGAUAUUGGGGCAUUGUCUACAAUACCACACAGGCUGAUAACCCAGGGCUUUUGAGAGAGAUCCCUUGUCUAAAAUGGGCAUCUCCCUUUUUACAGAAGAUGGACAGAGGUCCCUCCUUGCUUACAAACAGGGACUUUUUGCUAUAUAACUAAAACACACAGCUCAAUGUUUUCCCUCACUAUUUUUGUACAGCUGAUAUUUUGAAAAUUGCAGCAUUAAAAACUGAAAAGUGCUUGCUCUCCAACAAAAAAAAUUCAAAGAACCUUUAGCAUGGACUGCAAAUUAGCAUUUUUGACAUUUAUAUUAUUAAUUUAUGGGAAAAUAGAACCAAGAUUUCUUCCAUUCCAGUAAUUAAUUGCAAAACCUGGAAGAUUAUGAAUGGUGACUAUCUUUUGUCUUUCAAACACUUACGCUUUUCUUUGAAAUGUUACAAACCACUUUGCUUACCAUUCAGAUCUUUUUGACCCCAUCAAUUAUUUUUGCUCUGCAAUUAUACAUAUGGUUGUAUUAAAACCUAGAGAGCAACAUUCAUGCCUCUGAUGAAAUGGUGCCUACUUAAUUGUACUGUAAUAGAAUUGUCAGAUUUUAUGACUAAGGUUUUCUUUUCUUUUAGCUUUUGGUUUAUUUUAACAUAUGAAUAUAGCUAUCCCUCAAAAUUCCAGGUCAUAUUUCUACAGUAGUUCUUUUACCCUGUAUCUUUGGACUUGAAUUCUGUUUCCCUAGCAGCAAAAGUAACAUUCAUUUUGGGUUGACCUGAAUAAAGUACUCCUAAAGUAAAUGCGAGUACUGUAUAGCAACAUUGACAGUCUUAGAAGUAGAAAUUUUGGCAGUCAUGCAGUUGAAGAGAAAUGAUGCUCCUUUAUUUCUUUCACACCAUUUCUCAGUUUAUCUGUUGUUUUGUAAUUCUCUGUAUUGCAAUUCAUGAUCUCAAGAGUCAUAAUGUAGUCUGUGUGUGUGUGUAAGAUUCUGAUUUACAGUUUUCAUACAGGUAGUCCUCAACUUACGACCAUUCAUU